UUCACCCGCGGCUGCCCCAGAAGCACCCAAAUAUCUGGUGACCUUCCAGAACUGGGUUGGGGAGGGGGCUUGCUUUGCUCAUACGGGGCUAUCCUGGGGUCCUAUUCCUCCACCACCCCCACCCCAACCCCCAACCCCACCCUGCCAGCCGGUGCCAAGGCACGAGGCCAGCCAGCCGCAGCUGCCUCCUCUUGCGAGACAAAAGAACGCAUUCUCUUUGCGCAUCGCAAGCCUUCCGCGCGUUGCGCCCUCGCAACAGCCACGCAAAACAGGCCAGGGCGACCCCACCCCCCCAAUUUGCAAGGAGGAGGAGGGGUUUUUCCCCCAACCCUGGAAAAAAAGGCGUUUUGAUAGGAGCAAAGGAGUGAGCGAGCGAAGGAAAGAACCACUUUCCGGGAGGAGGAGGAGAAGGAGGAGGAAAAUCUGCCUCUGCAGGUUUUUCACUCCGUGCCACAAAAUACGCAGCUGUUACGCAGACACACACAGGCACACACACACACCGGGAGAUCUGCUGUUUUGGGGACGGGCCAAGGGUGUAAAUCUUGACCCAGGGAAGUGGCCACCGCUGGGCGUUUGGAUAAAGAGAGGGGGCCUGGGGGGUCUCGUGCCCAGGACAUUCGCUCUGCCCUCCGAGAGUCACUUUGGAAGAUUAUGGGCAACGGCAUGAAUAAGAUUCUUCCUGGCCUCUUCCUUGGGAACAUCGUAGACGCCAAAGAUCUCGAUCAGCUGAGCAAGAAUGACAUCACCCACAUCGUCUCCAUUCACGAGUCCCCACAGCCCUUCAUUCCGGGAAUCACUUAUCUUCGGAUCGUCCUGCCGGACACACCUGAGGCCAACAUCAAGAAGCAUUUUAAGAAAUGCAUCCGUUUCAUCCAUUCCUGUCGUCUGCAAGGAGGAAGCUGCCUCGUUCAUUGCCUAGCUGGCAUCUCCCGCAGCACCACCAUCGUCUUGGCCUACCUCAUGGCGGUGACGCAGCUGGGCUGGCUGGAGGCCCUCGAAGCGGUCAAGGCCGUCCGUCCGGUGGCGAACCCCAACCUGGGUUUCCGUCGGCAGCUGGAGGAGUUCGGGCGUAGCCGGUCAGUGCAGAAGAUCCGCUCGAAACUUCAGCUUCCGUCCCGAGGAGCCCUUUCCAACGAGCAAGAAGCUCUCCAAGGUCUUCUGCUACCUGGCCGAAAGCUGGAGCCCCCCAGCCCAGAGUGGGCUUGGCCGGUCCCGGUCCCCAAGAACACCAGCCGCGGGGUCAAACAGAUGGAUUCUUUUCUGAUACGAGUGAAGGAGACGUUUUCCUGUUUGCCCAACUGUCUUAAAUGAAACUUUCCAAAGUUUUUUGGGGGAAGAUUCGAGGAGAUUCCCACGAUGGGGAAGGAAAAGCAGGACCAGGCAAGCAGGAUCUCGCCCGUCAUCAUCCCUAAGAGGAAAAAGAAAGGACCAGGCAGAGCUGGAGAUGAGGAACCGGGAAGCGUUGGCAGUGCCAGGCAAAGCUGGCAUAUUUUUCUCCUGUUCCGAUCACUUAUCGCAACCAACAGGCCGUUGAAAGAUUCCCAAAUUCCCAUUGGAAGGAUUUUCAACUCAAAGCCCUCUGGAAAUAGUGAAUUGGGUUUCCCAAGAUGUACUAUUUUUAUUUUAGUCGAAAAAACUUAAAAUGCAAAACUCCAACAAUUUUUUUUUUUUUUAAACCAAAGAAGAAAAAAAUGCAAUAAAACAUUUUAAAAGUGCAUUAAAGAGAAAAAGAAAGCCAAAACAUAGAUACAUUCGAUUCAAUUCAGUUUAUUACAGGGUUCAGGACAAAU